AUUGUUUGCAUCUAUGGUGGAGGUUUAGUUUUUCAGUUUUUGAAUAAAAAUAUUUUAAAAACUAUGGCGUACUUAACCCAGCCUGACUACGUAAAAUAUGUGUGUUCUUGUGGACAGCUUAAACCUAUUACCAGCCUCUAUUUCUGUAGGCAUUGUCUCAAAAUACGAUGUGGAUUCUGCAUUUGUCAUGAGGUGGAUUCCCAUUACUGUGCCAACUGCCUGGAGAACAUGCCAUCUUCAGAGGCGCGGCUCAAGAAGAACCGGUGCAGCAGCUGCUUCGACUGCCCGAGCUGCUUUCACACGCUGUCCACUCGGGCCACCACUGCCCAACCUAGGCAGCCACCCCAGGAUAAUGCUGCAGGUGGAGAUGCAAAAGUGGAGAAUAAACAACCGAAGAAGAUGUACUACUUAUCCUGCUUCAACUGCCGGUGGACCUCCAGAGACGUGGGCAUACCUGACCAGCCAGUUGCAUCAGGGGGGUGGCCGGAGAGGACGAACCCGUUCACGACGCGCGUCAACCAGCUGCUCGACUACUACAAGGCCAUCGCACUGCAAGAGAAGCAGGAGAAGAUAGAGAGAGAGAGGAAGAAGUUCUCCAUCCGUGGGAAGUUCAUCACUCUCACUGAUAAGACGGGUCUCACAGGUGCGAUGGCGCGGAACAUAGCAGGACUCCCGUCCGCUGAAGGCGGCUCGUCUUCCGCCAUCGCCAACUUCACGCCCAGCCAGGCGAGUGCCGACGUGGCUGAACUACCAGAUGACAUCUUCACCAAGGACGUCAAUCUUAAACAGAUAACGAGCAUGUGCCAGCGGCUGGCGUCGCCGGAGUGGCAGCCGGCGUCGGUGUCGCGGCUGCAUCCUCUCGCCAAGCUGCUCAGCGUCAAGAGGAGUCAGCGGUGCCGCGCCUGCGACCACAACCUCACCAAGCCGGAGUAUAAUCCUGGCUCCAUCAAGUUCAAGAUCGAGUUGCUGGCUUACUACCACGUACCAGAGAUAAAGAUAAUGUCUUACGAAACAAUCAAGCCGGGUCAGAAGUCAGCGCUGCUGAUCAAGCUUACCAACCCGACGGGACACGAGAUGCAGGUGCGUUUGCUGCAACCUGAAGACGUGCCGCCUGUUGAGGAGGACGAACAACCAAAGAGCAUCGACAAGUCGCUGGAGAAGUCGCUCAAUUUGGAGAAGGACGCGUCGCUGUACAAGGCCAUGUCGCGCGCGCCCGUGCUGCCGCCGUCGUGCCGCGUCACGGCGCCGGCCGCCGCGCUCAGCGUGGCGCCGCGGGACGACGCCGCCGAGUACGACGACGACGCCACACACGACGACAACGACAUAAUCCUGUGGCGCAAGUCAAACAAGCUGGCUUUGCGUCUAGAAGUAACAGCGGACGAGUCCGUGACGCCGGGCGCGCCUGCGCAGUCCGCGUUUGCGCUGGAGUACUCCUACCGCAACACCGUGCCACCUUCCGCCACCGCCUCGCAACACCGCGACCACACCCUAUAUACUACGCUCUUAUUGGAUCUGGGCACUAUUGGCGAAUAAAUAGAUUAAUGGACAUAACAUAAAGCUCCCGACAAUUGGAGUGGUCAGAGGUACAUCCGUCGCAAAAUGAACUAAGUACCCACCCACACCUCAUCGAGCUUUCUGUUAGACCAACGUGAUAGGUGGUGAGCCGUUUCGCCGUCUAUAACGGUCGAGCCAGCUGUGUUAUCGUAUGUUCUGCGUUUGAACUGUCAAAACAGUUUCACAAAGAAUAUUUGUGUUAUCGUCAAUUUAUUAAGGUCACUAAACUUUGUAUCUGCCAGAAUAGGCAAAGAACGUAUCAUGGUAGGAAUGAGAAAAAUGGUUGGUGGUAAAAUGGUUUUGCUUGUUAACACUUCCGCCAGUGAAUAGUUUCGAGUCGAUUUCCCGGCUCGGUGUAAGUACACACAGAUAUUUGGUUCAGAUUUGAACUGUAGUAACGCACGCUAGAGAGAGGCAUAUAGUUUUAUUCAGUUUUGGCGUCAUAUCUGCACACUAUAGUGUUAUCACGCGCGUAAGCUGUCUCGCUCUAGCCAAUGACGAUUCUGAGUAACAAAAAUUUAUAGAAGCAUAGGAAAAUGCGAUGAGAUGGUGACAGAUGUGGUUCAACCCUUAAUCUGUUAAUAUCCAGGAUCUUUGAAGUUAAAACCAGCUACAGAAAAAAAUAUCUUUCCUUUCUACCAUGCAAUUAAUAUUAAUACGAAAAUGCUUUAAAGUGUAUUACAAAAUGCAUUUUGUAAUAUGUAACAUAUAGGUGAGACUUAAAAUCCGUUUUCAUUGUUAAGCUUUUCAGGGUUUGCAGCAAUAUCUACAAGUCUACAUUUAGAUCAUCCAAAAAGUAUAUAAUGAAGUAAAAUAUGAGAUUAUUGUGGUUAAAUCUAUAAUACGCCAUGACUUCAAAUACAUUCAGAUUAUUUAUUAGGUAGAUAAUAAUAAAUAUGAAUUUACUGUCUUUAAACUUGCUUUGGCAAUAUUUUUUCACCCUUAUAUGUAGAUAGAAAAAAAAUUGUUUAUGCAAUAUGUUCAUAGAUGCUUAAAAAACUAAAUAAGUAUGUAAAAACAUAAAUUAUAGUUGUCUAACGAAACUGUGCCUAAGGUAUGCUUUUUUAAAUCCCACUUUUUUGUAAACUUAAUUGUAAGUUAUUUAUUUUUAUAGCUUUUAAUAUUUUAACUUUAGGGAGUAAAUUAUAAGAGAAAAACAUCCACAUUCUCAUUUUUUUCUUUUUAUAAUAAAAAAAUAUAUCAAAUAAAUCAGAUAAAUAUUA